AUAAAUAAAAAGCAGCAGAAACAGCAGAGGCCUGUGCAGAAAAAUGCUGGCUGGUUGGGAAACGUUCGAAAUUUGUUCUACCCUCAAACCACUGUUGUUAAAGCGGCACCAAAGAGAAAGGGACGGUCUGCUGGCAAGCAUAAACUCAUUUUAAAUUUUAAAAAAAAUAUAUAUAAUUUUUAUUGAUUACGUUCAAACAGAAAAAUUCAACUUGGACGCGAUUGUAAUUUACAGAGAAAGAAAUAGAAUCAUAAUUAAUUAAGUGCAAAUCAUUUUAGUGCUACACUGAUUGCUUAUUUAACUCUUUCGGAUUCAUGAAUGGCACUAAUCUCAAGUUGGACGUAAUUGAAAAACAUUUCACGGAUAAAGUGAGCUACGCUGGAUCUUGGAAGGAUGUCGUCCUAAAUGCUUUGUACGCUUGCGAGGAGCCGGCUUCCUGUAAAUUAUUCUACUUGUAGAGCACGCAUGUGAAGCGGAUGGUCUAACCUCUCUUUUGCAGGCGCUACGCCAGAAACCAUCUACCAGAACAACAGGUUUUGCAAUGUUAAGCCUAUUAUUCUGAUGCACUGCAUGCAGAAGCAGAUGAUUCUUGUAUUGCAUUUGUUUAAUUAUUUUUCAUUUUUUAAUACAGAUAUUUGUUAACUCUAGAACUGUCCUGGUGCAGUAGGAUGUAAAUGAAAAAUACAAAAAUUACAUUUUAUUUUAAAACUUAUUUUCAAUAUUGUAGCCCCUGCUUGCAAGAAUGGAAUUCAACAACUGCGUGGAACAAACGUUAUUUCUCUCGAAAACUGCUUCAAGAAGUUUAAACGUGGAGAAUGUUUUAUUUGGUGGAGAAAUAUGGAUUCCCUCUUCAAAUUCAUCCAAAGAUGCUCAAACGAGAGUGCGGAGACGCAUAAUUGUGCACUGUUGCGGAGACUUGUCUUGCAGCUACAGUUCUCGGUCUGGACUGCAAAUAAGCAAGGCGUCCAGCUCCAUUGCAUACUGGGACAACUAUUUCAGCGUCUUAAGAGAUCGGGAAAAAUCAGAAGAUAUGGGAGAUCGGGCAAUUGCAACCAUCAGAGAAAACGGUUUGAGCAUUGCGUGUCCUGGCUGCGCCCCUGGUUGGCAGACAAACCUCAAAAUUGACCAAGAACAUGGUCACAUUCCUAUUAGCUGUCCUGGUUGCGACGUCAAUUGGCGCUCCUUACUAUCACCUGAGGGCUAUGCGGCGGCUCUAUCUGGAAAGACUGGAACUACCCAGGCCCCAGAAGUUCAAACACACGAGGGAGAGGAAUAUGUGCCAGUGCCAGAGACGGAAUCAGAAGAAAGCUCAACCGAAGAAGUAACUACAAUUACAACUACAACGGUAGGCCCAACCAAAAGAAAAAUUAAAGUAACAAAGCCUGUUAAAAUCACCAAAAUCGAGGGAACCUCUACUCCGGAGGAAGAAUCAUCCUCGGUGACCACUCCAGCGCCUAAAAUUGUUCAGACCUCACCUUCAACUCCAAAACCACAACCGCCAUCAACAACUCAAGCAGCUCCGACUCUGAAUGUGACUCAGCCACCUGUGACCGCAGUCCUGACCACGCUGAGAACAGACUCUCCUGUGACUGUUCGCCCUGUUACCCUGGCACCAACUGUUGCACCUGCGACGGCCAAAGCGUUGGCACUGCCUGACGCCAGCAGCGUUCUGCAAGCUGGGCAGAACCUUUUGGGAAACAUUGGCAUAACAAUGCCCACUGCACUUCCGAAUUUGGGUGACAUGGCUGGCAUGGCGAACAAUUUGAUUCCAGGUGCCGGUGACGUUAUGAAAGGCCUCACUGGUCUCUUCGGAUGAUAAACAUUUU